UUCAGUUUCAGUUUCCAACAAACUCUCGAGCCGUCAACGUGUCAGCGGAUAGUUGAGAUACAAGAUAAAAUAUCCAAGCCCGAACUCUGUGUGUUGCGCGUUCUGAAAGCUAACGACCGUGUUGCUUUUUUGUGUGCUGUGCAGUUGGUCAAAAGGAGUACUCCACCCGGACACAGGCGCAGAAGAAUAAUGGCGAAGGAAACCCCACUCCUAUGGCUCCUGCCACUCCUCGUGCUGGUCGGACAGGUCACCACACAGGAACCGGCAUCGGGAGCGCCCGGAGAAUUCGCUCCCCAUGUGACGGCCACUUGCAAGGCGGGCACGAUGAACAUCAAAGUGAAGCUGAACUCCGGCUAUACGGGAGCCGUGCACGUCCGGGACUACCGCACGCCCGGAUGCAUGGCCAUGGGCGAUGGCAGCGACUCGGUGGCUUUCAGCCUCAAUCUCUGGGCCAAGCAGGGUGCCAGCGACUACUGCGGCAUCCUGGUCAGCAACGUGAGUGGAAGCAAUCGGACCGAGGAGCGUUCCAUACAGCUGGCCGUGCGUGUGCACAAGACUCUGGAAUUGGCGGACGAUAAGUUUUAUGUGAUUACCUGUGGCAAAUCGGGCUUCGCGCGCGAUGACAAUGCCCAUGUGGUGCUCAAGUUUCUGGAGAACGACCACCGAGUGCGUGAGACGGUCUACGGCCACAAGUACAAGAUCCGCGCCGAGUUCUCCAAGCCAAAUGAUACCUACGGCCUGCGUGUGGGCAACUGCUUUGCCUUCGACAAGAAAAACAGGACCCAGAAGCUCACCGAUGACAGUGGCUGCCCCCACGACCCGAAUAUCAUCAGUCGCUUUGUGCCCACAGCCGAUGGACGGGCUGCUGAGGCAGUGCUCUCCUCGAUGUUCAAGUUCCCCGAGGGCUCCGAGGUGCAUCUGCAGUGCGAUGUGAUCCAGUGCUACGGACGGUGUGUGGAGAUCGAUGACUGCAACGACGUGGCUCUGGCUGGUUUCGGCAAGGGCACCAACGGACCCAGGAAGUUCGGGCCGAACGAGGAGGGCUCCAGCGUGGCCGGAACCACAGUCUUCGUGCUGGACCCCGCCGAGGCCAGAUUGGUAUCGGGAAGCUGCGAGGACGGUAUCCGACCCAGCUGGCUGCUCUGGCUGACCAUCACCCUGGGCGUACUGUUCCUGAUAAUGCUGCUGAUGAACAUCUUCCUGUGCACGGCCAUGAGCUGCAGCUGUGCCAACACAGAGAUUAUCGAAAAGGAGCCAUCGAUCAUCGAGGAGUACGACCCGUACCGCAGUUGGCAUGGCAGCCAGUACGGAUCCCGUUACUCGCUCCACGGCCGGGAUGCUCACAAGGGAUACACCAGCGGUGGCUCCACGAUACACUCAAAUAGGUCUGAUAGAUAUUAAGCAGUAGCCACAGAAACAGAGACACAUCCACACCCUACACACACCCCUCUAUGCCACACUUCAAUAUGCAUCUGCUCUGCUCUCGUUAAUUUUUUCUGGUAGCUGUGGAGCCACACACACACAAUACAAAACAACAAUACAACAAAUCAAACAAAGCAUGCCAACAAAGUAUCUGUAUCUGCGUAUCUACGUAUCUGUAUCUCUGUACCGUAUGCUCGUAUCUCUUGUUAGCCCUGCUGGACAGCCACAACAAAACAGUCCGAAAUCAAAAACAUUGAAUGAAAACCUUUCGUGCCUUAGUAUACUGCAACUGUAAUUAACCGAAUAGUAAUUUGCAUUUGUCUACCGGUAAUAACUAACUAACUACUCCCUCCUCCCACAAAAAAACAAAAAACAAAAACGAGAGAAUAUCGAAUGACUAACCGCCAAUUUCAAAUGAGUUGAACUAACUAACUGCUUUGAAGAUUUCCCCUUUUAAGCAACAAAAAGGUAUUUCAUUGUGUAUUAAAUCCAAACUUAUUCAACGUCCUUCCGAAGGUCGAUGCCGAUCGAUAACGAUAACGAUUAUGCAAUCGUGCACUCGCGUCCCGGCUCUAGACAUUCCACGUUACACGGACAGCGCGCCCAUCGGGGACCGCCCAGUAAUAUUUGAACACAGAUCCCAACCGACCCGAUCGCGACACAUGAGAAAUAGUUUAUUCUGUAAGAUUAGCCUAAGACUUCCCUCCCUCUGCGUCUCAAAUGUACAUAACUAAGCGAAAAUUCUGGCCUUCUAGUUUUCCAAAUUUUCCAGAGAGAUGAGAUGAUGCCGCUGUAAAAUACUACUCUGAACUAAAAGUACUAAAGUUCUCUUUGCCUAAUUUUAAUGAAGAAUCACCUAACAUAAGUCAUUAGUCGUUUAUAAGUGCGAACGAAUGUGUAUUAGCGAAAUGUUUCCACUACGUGUAAAAAUGAACAAAAGCAGGCCAACAAAAUUAAUUUUAAAUGAAUAUGCAACUACUUUAUAGUCUAAAGUGUUAAGAAUCCUUUGGCGAAUGCGUUAAACGUACGAAUUGUAAUUAAUUUAAAAUUUUAAAAUUUAAUUUAAUAAAAUGACUAAAAAUU